AUGGAAAUGAUAAGACCCGGAUAUUUCUUUGAUAAUGUUGAUGAUUGGGAUAUAUUCUUUGCUGUCAUGCUAUGGAAGAUCAGGAGGAAUGCUAUGGUUUUCUCUGAAGAAUUUACUGAUACGAGUAGUUUCUUUGCUAGAUGCAUUUGGUACAAAGAUGAAACUCGAUUGGAGAGUAGCAGCUUAGGGAAUCAGGUGUGGAGAGACAUCUCAUGGAGUGCGCCACCAAUGGGUGUUUCAAAGGUUAAUGUAGAUGGUGCUUAUAGUGCAGGGACCUCGAGGACUCUGCUGCUGGAACUAGAUUGUGUGGAGAUUGUGCAGCAACUUCGCCAUUUAAAUCAGCCACAUACAACCAUUAGAGCUAUUGGGGAGAUGCUUCAACGAGAUUGGGAUGUGACCAUAACCCAUGUGUACCGGGAAAGUAAAAGAGCAACAGAUAACCUAGCGAAGUAUGUUGCUAGGUUACCUUUUGGAAUCUUCUCCUUUCCACCCGAUGCUACGGGGCUACCUAUUCCUAGCCUAAUUCAUAUAUAA